AUGAUUUCUGGGUUAUAUGUUGACUCCAUUUUCCCAACAACAAUUCCUGCAGUUGCUGGGAAGCAUGUGCGUUUUUUCAAUAAGGAACUAUCACCACCUAUUCUUGAAAAACAAUUCCGUGAAGCUUGCCAGGCAUUGUCUAUUAAACCUCCCAUGCCUAGAAAUGCUAUCAGUUGUGAGGUGGAUUAUGUUAAAUCUGUCAAGGAUGGUGAGAAGAUUUUACAACGGGCCAUAGUUGAAUACAGGUUUUUUUUGCUUCCUAUUUCUUUAGUAAUAGCACUUGCCAGUGUAAAGUCAGAUUCAGUUCUGUACUUCACAAAUUACAGCAGUUUUGUGCCAAAAUUUGUUAAUGAAUUACGACAUUCAAAGAAGCCUGUCAGUCAGAUGCUGUUAUGGCUUCUUUCUGUAUAUGUUUGCUAUUAUGUAACUUGGAUCUUACAUUAUUUGAACUGA